UUUCUUUUAUUAAGAGAAUUAUCAAAAAUCCUCUGGCUUAUAGAGAAAAUGAUUGUCUAUAUUAUAAUAUUUUUUACAUUUUCCCAAUCUAAUUGGCAAUAUAAUUGACGUUAACGUGUUAGAUAUAUGGCUUACCGUAAAUAUAGUUUUGUAUAUCAAUUUUACCAUGUCGACUUUAAUUUGUUAAUAAAAUUACGUAAUAUAUAUGGAGAAAAAUUAUUAUCUUAUAAAAAACACAGUUAUUACAAGAACCUUUGACCCCACUAUGCAUGUAUCAAGAUUAAAUAAAUUAAAAGAAUUAAUACUUUAAAGAAAAAACUAACUUUGUGAAGAUGCUUAUUGAAAAGAAACUGUUAUGGAACAAAUCGAAUUCUGUGUUAUAAAUUUACUUGCGUUUUAUAUGGCGAUAUCCGGUUUAAUACAUAGGAAGAAAGAGAAAGAAAAAAUUUUUGAAAUACUGAAAAAUAGGGUACUUGCAAAAAUAUUGCACUUGCAUCUAUCAAGAAUAUUAUUAUAGAGAUUUCAUUGCUAUAAAAUUUGCUAUUAAACCAGUUAUUUUUUUGAGAAUUGUGUAGUACGUCCUUGUAAACAUAUAUUCGUAAAAAGAGAGGUUAAUAUCACAACAAUUUAGUAAUUCAAGUAACAAGGUGUUUUUCAAACAGCAACAAUGAAUCCAACUAAAUCAAAAUUAUCAAAGAGUAUUUUACAAAUGAAGUUUAUGAAGAGGACAAAAGAAAAAGUUGAAAAACAGAUGAUAGAGAAAGAAGGAGAAGAAUAUUUCAGUGGUCAACUCUCAAUUCAGAUGAAAAAUGAAUCAGAGAAAUUUAUCAUUGAGCCCAGUUACGUGUUUUGUGAAAAGUUGAUUGAUGGUAGACUGAGUUUCCAUGGUAUGAAUCCUGAAUUAGAAAAAUUAUUAGAAAUAGAAAAUGUUGAUAAGCAGAUAGAAUUGGAGAAAAAACAAGAAGCAGAUAUAACAGAUGAACAAAUGGUAAAACAAUGGAUAAAUCUUAGAAAAAAAAAGAACAAAUUUAAAAGAACAAAAAAAAUAAAAAAUAAUAUUAAUCAACCUUUGAAGAAAAAACCAAAAUUUUUAAAACCAACUGAUUAAUAUUAAAAAAUUUAUAGAGAUGUAUGUACACAAUAUAUCUUUUCAAAACUCGUAUAUAUAUGUAUAUAUAUAUUUAAAUUUAGAUUACUUAAAUUAAAUAGAUGUAAUGACUAUAUUUAAUUGUAUUAAUAUGU